CAGGAGUAAAACCGAUCAGCUGUUCAGCUAUUUGUUGAUAAGCGUGCGCGGCGUCCCUAUUUUGGAUGAAAAUUUUGGUAAUUGUUUUACAUCUUGAAUCCACGGAAUCCUGCGAUCCACGGGUUAAGCUGUUAACUAUUCCAAUCAACAAUGGAGUUUUGAUAUUACGAAAAUAAUUGUGUGUGUUGAAAGCUAACUUGCUGUAGUAGCAAGCUAUAGAAAGAAGCCCGCCAAAUAAAUUUUAGGUCGCAGCAUUUUUAAAGUAAAUACUCAAAUCAGCUUUUAUUAUUAAGUAUGAAUUUAGAGUUAUUAGAGUCCUUUGGUCAGAAUUAUCCAGAGGAAUUUGAUGGCUCAUUGGACUGCAUAUCGCUAGCGGUAACUUGUGCCUUCAACAAAUAUGGCACUUUAUUGGCGGUCGGAUGUAAUGAUGGACGCGUUGUUGUGUGGGAUUUUUUAACACGGGGUAUUGCGAAAAUCAUCUCAGCUCACGUGCACCCCGUGUGCAGUUUAAGUUGGACGCGCAAUGGUCACAAACUGCUAUCUGCAUCUACAGACAACAAUGUUUGCAUUUGGGACGUACUUAGUGGUGAUUGCGAGCACAAAUAUCGCUUUCCAUCACCCGUGUUGAAAGUUCAAUUCGAUCCUCGCAAUGACAAACGUUUCCUUGUGUGUCCCAUGCGUUAUGCCGCAGUGCUGGUAAAAAUUGGAGACACGCACAAAUGUUUGCCUUUGGAUUCAGAUGGUGAUCUAAAUAUUGUUGCUUCUUUCGAUCGUCGUGGUAAACAUAUCUACACAGGCAAUGCAAAAGGAAAAAUUCUGGUUUUAAAUGCAGAAACGUUGGAAAUCGUCGCGAGUUUUCGUAUUAUUGUAGGCUCUUCAAGUGCGACGGCUGUAAAAAGUAUAGAAUUCGCAAGAAGAGGGGACGCAUUUUUAAUAAACACCUCAGAUCGUGUUAUACGUGUUUACGAUUCAAAGGAGAUUAUUGCACUGGGGAAAGAUGGCGAACCUGAGCCUAUACAAAAAUUGCAGGAUUUAGUGAACAAAACCACAUGGAAAAAAUGCUGCUUCUCCGGGGAUGGCGAAUACAUUUGCGCUGGCAGCGCACGCCAACAUGCUCUCUACAUUUGGGAGAAAUCUAUUGGUAAUUUAGUGAAAAUUUUGCAUGGCACGAAAGGCGAACUGUUGCUUGAUGUUGUGUGGCAUCCCGUGCGUCCGAUUAUAGCUAGCAUAAGCUCGGGACUCGUUUCCAUUUGGGCACAAAAUCAAGUGGAAAACUGGUCUGCAUUUGCGCCAGACUUCAAGGAGCUCGAUGAAAAUGUUGAAUAUGAGGAACGCGAAUCGGAAUUUGACAUAACUGAUGAAGAUAAAUCGGUGGAUUUGAAUGCUGAUGCGAAGCAGGAUGAAGAAAUUGAAGUGGAUGUGCAGAAAGUAGAACCAGUUGCUGCAUUUUGUUCUUCCGAUGAGGAGGGUGAAGAUGAAAAUGCAUUACAAUUUCUACCAAUGGCGCCUGAGGUAGAGGAUCCUGAAGAUGGUUGGACUAUGCAAGACGGUGUGGAAGUGUCAUUGUCGAAAGAAAACGAAGCAACAUCUCAGGAUUAUGACGAUGCAACGGCGGCGAAAAAGCGGAAAGUGAAUAAUUAUGAUAUCUCAUUGCCGGAUGCUCCAGUGGAUGAGACACAUCCGUUAAUUUCAAGCAAAACAAAUAAGGACAAGCAACCGGUAGGUGGAAAGAAAACAGCUGGACGUCCAAAAAAAUAGCAUUUUAGGUUUUAACAAAUUUACAUUUCAUAGCUUAGCU